AUGAAUGAGAAAAAACCCAAUUCACAUUCCGCCACACUGGUUGUUUUGCCCUCUUCUCUCUUUCUUUCUUCCCCAAAAUCUCUUCCCGUUUUCGGAGAUUGAAAUGGAAGCAGAGAAGAAGAAACCGUUGGACCUAGAUUACAACAAGCUCUUUUCUAAGAAAGAUAAAGAUGAUGAACUUGUAGUUGUUCCAGCAAUACAAACACCACAACCAUCAUCAUCGUCAACAUGUGCUCAGCAUUUUAAAGAUAUGUGUAGAACAUUUUCUGAGUAUGGACUGACAGAAAAAAUCUCUAGAAUUAAAAAUACUCUCGCAACCGUAGCACAUAGCUUGCCUGACAAAGGUGCUAAGCUGAAGGGGAAUCUUAAAGCCCUUGAAGCAGAACUGGAGAGUAGACAUCACAAAAUCGAAAUCAUCAAGAAGGCUGAUGACACUGUGGAGAUGACGCCAGUCACGCCAUCAUCAUUUGUCAAGGCAUUUUCUAGAAAAAUUGAUGAAGAGUCAGAUUUUGUUGCUCGUGAUAAAGACAAACCAUUUGAAGAGGAACUUAGAUAUUUGGGCAAGGGUAAUCGACAAACUAAACGAAUAAAUAAGGUCGAGGAAAAUGGAGUGGGUUCAAGACAGUUACUUGUUAAAUGCAAUGCCAGUCUCUCACGCGAUAAAGAUGUGGAUAUACCAUCUAACGGGGUUCAAAAGCAAAAGACUAUUACAGCUGUGAAGUUCUAUUCUUCUCAACAAGAUGAAGACGUGUCUGAUGGUUUUGCAAAGAGGAGGAGGACUUCUGAACAGCAACCCUCUCCUAGGCCCAGAAGGAUCAAGGUACAGAACGUGGUUGAUCUGGACGAUGAUGAUGAUUGUCAGCCUAUACAGACAGUACAGCAGCAAGACCAAUGUCUUGGACGGAGAAAGGAUUCUAAAAUUUAUUAUCCGUCAAGGUUGGAACCUGCGUCUGUUGAGAUUUGUUACUCAGACAUUGAUUGCCUUGCUCCUGAAGCCUUUUUAUCGUCAACUAUUAUGAACUUUUACAUUCGAUAUCUGCAACGACCGGUGUCAGCAACUGGUAAAUCAAGAGCUGAUUACCAUUUUUUCAAUACCUAUUUUUACGAGAAGCUCAAGGAAGCUGUUGCACCCAAGGGCGAAACACGUGCAACUUUUGCCAAGCUCAGGAGGUGGUGGAAAGGUGUUAAUAUUUUUCAGAAAGCAUACAUAUUUGUACCUAUACAUGAAAACUCUCAUUGGAGCUUGGUGAUUAUAUGUAUACCAGACAGAGAAGAUGAAUCAGGACCAGUUGUACUCCAUUUGGAUUCAUUGGGAUGUCACGAUGUUGAUCAAGUAUGUCUGAACAUUAAACGCUUUUUAAUCGAAGAGUGGAAAUAUAUAGAUCAACAGAGCAGUCAAGGAAGUAUUCCUCCAGAUACUUCUAUUGCAGAUAAAAUAUGGAAAAAUUUCUCCCGUAGAGUUGAGGAUCGAAGCAUCAGGGUCCCGCAACAGAAAAAUGAGUAUGAUUGUGGCAUUUUUGUACUUUAUUUCAUGGAGAGGUUCAUUGAAGAGGCCCCUGAUAGGCUCAAGAAGAAGGAUUUGAUUAUGUUUGGCAGGAAAUGGUUCGAACCAGAGGAAGCCUCUGGGUUAAGAAAGAGAAUCCGUAAUUUACUUCUGGAGGAAUUUCAAAAUGCUGAAAUUGAGAGCGAUAGUGGAAAGUCUUCUACUGCAUCUUCAGAUGCCGAUGAUUCUGCAGACUGCACCCUGCAACCUACUGAAGAUGGUGGUGAUUCAUCAGUAUGUGACGUGCAAACUAUUAAUUCUUGAAAGAACUCAGCAUCUGGAGAAAGUUCUGUUGGCAUCACCUCUUGCCAAUCGUCUAACAUAAGUGUAACUAUGUGGAUUUUGUGAAUAUAACGCUCUCUGCAGAGAAUUGGGUGUGAAAGAAAUAAUUGAUCUAGCUUCAAUGAUAUGGGAAGAAAAUGUUGCGGAGUAGUUGAAGGAUGUUUACCUUUCCAAGAAGAGGACUAGUAGAUUCGGGACUUACUAGUGUUUAGUGGAUUUCAAAUUGUUCUGUAUUCAGGUUGCAUUGUGUUCUACGUAACAGUUGCAAACCGGAACAAUUGAAAACAACAAAAUGAUGUCUUUUGGGUUCAAAAAUUGUGAUCUCUGUAUUUUUUGCUGAAUCAGUUUAGGUUCAGGGGCUGAAAUUUUACCCUUGUAUACUUUGUAAAGAACACUUGAACAGAAAUGAAGAGUAUUCUGAACUGAA